CUUCCUCCCAUCUCUCUUUCUACUACACACUUUAAAGAUGUCUCUCGAACAUGUCUGCAUUAUUGGCUCAGGAAACUGGGGUUCUGCCAUUGCAAAGAUCAUUGGUAACAACGUCCACAAGUACCCUCAGCAAUUCUCUCCCACCGUUCGCCAAUGGGUUUUCGAAGAAAUGAUCGACGGCAAGAAGUUGACCGAUAUUAUCAACAACGACCACGAGAACGUCAAGUACCUCAAGGGCGUCCCUCUUCCUGUCAAUGUCGUUGCCGUACCCGAUCUUGUCGAUGCCUGCAAAGACGCUACUCUGGUCAUCUUUGUCUUGCCUCACCAGUUUGUUCGUGGAAUCUGUGAAAAGAUGAAGGGUUCGCUCUCUCCUGGCGCUAGAGCCAUCUCUCUCAUCAAGGGACUCGAGAUCACACCUUCGGGUACACGCCUCUUCUCUGAGGAAAUCUCCCGUAUUCUGGACAUCCCCUGUGCUGCACUCAGUGGUGCCAACAUUGCCGACGAGGUUGCCAGAGAGCGAUUCUGUGAAUCGACUAUUGGUUGUGAGAGCGUUGAGGAUGGACAAGUCUGGCACCGUGUCUUCCACACCGACUACUUCCGUAUCAAUGUCAUCAAAGACUACACCGGUGUCCAGCUGUGUGGUGCGCUUAAGAACAUCGUUGCCGUCGGAGCUGGUUUCUCAGACGGUCUUGGUCUCGGCAGCAACACAAAGGCUGCCAUCAUCCGUCUUGGCCUCAUGGAGAUGCGCAAGUUUGGUCAGACUUUCUUUGGAGACAUGGUCCAAAACGAGACAUUUUUCGAGUCCUGUGGAACAGCUGAUCUGAUCACAACCUGCUCUGGUGGCCGCAACCGUAAGGUCGCAGAGGCAUUUGUCAAAACCGGAAAGCCCAUUGCCCAGCUGGAGACCGAGCUGUUGAACGGCCAGAAGUUGCAGGGCACCUUGACCGCACAAGAGGUUCACGAGUUCUUGACCGGAAAGGAUAUGGUUCCAGAGUUCCCUCUCUUUGACACUGUGUACCGUAUUGUGUAUGAAGGCGCCUCCCCUGAAGCUAUCGUCCGUGACGUCUAAGCCGUACAUACUUUACACAAUAUCACUCUUCUAAACACACAUCUUCUGUAUACCUAACAUUCUCUCUCUCUCUCUCUCUCUUUAUAUAUAUCUUAUAUAUAUUUGUAAAGUUUCUCUUUUUAUUUUUUCUAUUAUUUUUCUUAUUUUAACAAGGAAUGUAACGUCCAGGCAGUAGAGUACUGCGGAUCAUUCUUGUAUCAUAUAUACAGCACAUUAAUAAACAUAUAUUUUUAUUUAUUUUCAUUUAAUAAAACAUCUUUUUUUGAUAUAUAAACAUU